AUGCAAAAUCUCCCAACGAAGGAUUCGGUUUCACGAAGUGCCAAACAGGAAGUUGUGCAGUUCAAACAGUUUGGCUCAGCUUACCCGCCACUCGACAGCAAUUUAAAAAAAAAACUUCAGACAUCUUCUGACAAACCCACCAGUGUCUCAAGAUCACCAAAAGGGAUACUGGAGAUUUCAUCACUUAUACCGGUGCAAUCAAAAGGAUGCAAGCGCCUUCAGCUCAGCUCCAUAACCGAGGAUCAAUUGAAAUGUCUCAUCUUCGUGGCUGGUCUUCAAUCGCCACAUGAUGCAGAUAUUCGCACCCGGCUACUGAGUCAAAUUAAGCAGGAUCCGGAGUUGACGCUCCAGAAACUUACCACCGAACGCCAGCAUCUUAUCAAUCUCAAGGCUAAGGCUGCGAUGAUUUGA